AUGGCUAACUUGAAGAAGCUAUUAGCUAUGUUUGCUCUCGUGAUGUUCCUGUCACAGCUCCGCGUCCAUGGUGUCUCCGUGUCUGUGGGCAGCAACGCGAACGUUACUACAGAGACCAAGCAUCUUCGCGGCAGGUGCCACAUCAAUGGCUUCCUGCAUGGCAAAUACGGCGACUGCAACAGGGAUCACGGCUCGGUCUGCUGUAAAGACGGUCACCGCUACCCGCAAUUCAGGUGCUCACCCCCGGGGUCGGCCGAUACGCCUGCGAUCCUAACUCUAAACAGCUUCGCACGAGGUGGAGACGGCGGCGGAAAAUCGUUCUGCGACAACCGCUUCCACAAGGACACCGAGCUGGUGGUGGCGCUGUCCACGGGGUGGCUGCGCCUGGACGGCAAGCGCAGGUUCAACAAGAUGAUCCGCAUCAACGGGAACGGGCGUGCCGUGCUAGCCAAGGUCGCCGAUGAGUGUGACUCGGUGUACGGCUGCGACGCCGAGCACAACUUCGAGCCACCGUGCCCAUACAACGUCGUAGACGCGUCACCGGCCGUGUGGAAGGCGCUGGGGCUCAAGGAGGAGAUUGGAGUGUUCAAGAUCACUUGGUCUGAUGUGUGA